AUGUGCUCAGUCACUCAUCGCUCCCCGAAAGCAUGCAAAUUUGCAUAAAACUGAAACAUAAACGUCAUCAAAUCACUCGCUCGGGUCGCGUAUUCGUAUAUCAUUUGUGGUGUGCUGUGAAGUGAACUGAACUUGCUCGAUUGGAACUUGGUGGAAGUGCUGGUAUUUUGCGUAUUACAUUUGUACGUACGGGAUCGAAACAAAACCACCACGUUUGAAAACUCGCGGGGAACGAAAAUCAAAAGUUAGCUUCUUGUGUUGGUUGAUAGUGGUGGUUUCGCGGCGGCUGAAAUCGCAGGAUUUUUUCGCAUUCUCUCGCCAAUAUCUGACACGGAACGCGGUUCGCAAAAGUUGGCUCCCAACCCAACAACAAUCGUCUUCGUCGUCGUCUGGUCCGAGAGUGUGCGGCGGUAAGUGGAAAAAGUUUUUGUGAUUAAAAAAUCAACAGCAGCAAUAGCGAGUAGGAGUUCGACGGAAAUAUCGGAACGUCAGAUUGUGGGAAACCCGAAAAUUCCACCACAAACGGAUCGGAUUUGUUCCGUGAAAUUCUACAGUGCCCAGGUUCUCUCUGUUUUUGCUGGCGAGGAUCAAUUGCUGCGUGUGUUGUCAAGUGAACCUUUCUCUGAGCGGAUUGGUGUAGGUUUGUCCGUCUAGUCAAGUGGGUUGGCCAGUUUCGGUCCACAGAACUCGAUCGUCAUCAUCCGGUGCCCGGGAGUCCUAGAGUUGGUUCAUCGAGAACAUUCGGAUUCCGAUUCCCGAAACUUGUCUUGGUCUCGGGCGACGUCACUGGCUUAGCAGAACAAGUGUGGGGGUGCCCACACGUGAACACAUUCGGUCAUUUUAUUGGACGAAACGCAUCGUCAUAAGGAAGCGGCCAGCGGGAGGUCUCAAGAGAAUCUGCUUUUGGACCCAGAUCUCCACUGGAAUAAACCAGCUGCGUGUCGCGAUCGACAGAGGAAAAAAAACCGAAGAAGCGAAGCGUGGAGAAGAAGAAUAACAUCAACAGACAGAGGCAAAAAAACCAAUAAGAUUGUUGUCUCGCGUAUCAUUCAAGGAAGUAGUUGUCCGGACACUCGAAUUACGCGAGAAAGGAACAGCACCCGAAAAAGAAGUGUGUUUGUAAGCUGAGGUCCGUUUCAUCGCGCUUAAAUUGGGGACCGAGACUUGCGAGAGGUCUCCAAAAAACUGAACUGAAAGGAGAAAAACGACAGUGAUGUCUACUAGCGGGUAUCAUUAUUGUUAUUACUAUUAUUACUAGCGCACAAGCUGUUGUAGUUGUUUUUAUUGAUUGUGCGAAAAGUAAGCAAGCAAAACGAAGCACAGAAGGAAAAAAAAUUAGCGAAAACGCGAGCAAAAAUUGAUAGCAGAAUCAGUAGAGUGUAAAAGUGAUAAUAUUCAACGGGCCACGCCGAACAGCAGAAAAUCGAGACAACAGUCAUCUAAACCAGACCAACAGCCAGCAGCUCGUAGGAAAGACUUUUGCGAAGAGAAAAGACUAACCAGUUCUCCUGUGUUAAUAGCAAGCAGUAGUACACACGAUCCGGGUGUCACCCGUGUUAUAGGCGCGACCUCGCGUUCAAGAAAUCUGUUCAUCACCAUCCAGGCAUCAACUCAAGCCUGGGUCUCGGCGAUCAACAUCAAGGAAUGAUCCUCGCGCGUUUCUGAAGAAGAAAAGUGCAACAACACACUCUGAAUAGUAGGUUUCUCAGCUUAAGAGUAAAUACCCUAAAGGGGGUAUCCAACAUAACACAGAAUCAGAACCAGAAAACGACAACUCGACACAAGACGUGCGGGCAAAGAAGAAAUCAGAAGAAAUCUCGUGCUAAAUGAGUGUGUGUGCGUACGUUUGUGUGUGACUAGUAGUUGGUUCUGUUGAUCCCCCCGAAGUAGGUAUGCAAGAAUCGGAAUCGGCUCCUUCCACCAUGCCACCGCGAUAAUAAUGUGUUAAAAAGUUGUUUUGCCUGCCUGCUACUUCACUCGGCGUUUUUCGGUGGGCGGUGGUAGUGUUUGUCUUCUUGUCACUAUACUGAUAACACUGAUGAUGAUGACGAAGAGAAGAAUGACGGUACUAUACUAAUGAUGAUAUAAGAAGAUUGGUUUCGCUAUACCAACGUGCUUCUAAAUUGAAUACAUGCGUCGUCGAACGUCGUACUCAGCAACAUUGCGGGAGAGCUAAGAAACGUCGACGUGAUCCUCUAAGAUACUAAGACUAGAGCCUGCUGAAAGCUCAUCGGAACAUCAGGCAGCAAGGAAGAACGUGACCAACGGAAUUCCGGUUGUUUUGAAUUGAAAUUUUCUGGUCCAAAGCAUCAAAGCAAAGAAAAAAACAACAAGGGGGGUAGUGCAGUGUUUUUCACCCUCUGGAGCCACCAAAUGCCGGAGCCCAUUUGUUAUUCCAGUGUUUGAAUGUUCGUGGCUUCGUUUGCUUUUCGCAAAUACCCGACCGAGGUACGAAUGUUUCCGGGAAUGCUGGAAUUAGAGCCGGAGCAUUGAAAAAGGAAAAGAAAAAAGUGCUGUGAUCAAGUGUGGGUUGGUUGGGAAAAGUAAAGUGAGUGAUAUUUGCUAAUUUAUUUUCUUUGGUUAAGAUCGAGCGGCUGGGAAAUAAAUAAAGCUCAAGAAGGAUCCAUAUCAAGCGAAUUGUGUGGUUGUGGUCGACACAGAAAGGUGGGUGGUGUGGAGGGUGGAUUGAAUUGACCCCUCAAAGUGGCUGGCUGCUGCAAUUCAGGGGCAGUCCAGCAGAACUUGUGCUAAGCUGGAGACCUUAAAUUAGCUGGGAUUAAAUAGUGAAAAAUCAAAGCCGCAGGCAAAGCAACAUCCAAAACAACGACGUCGACAAAAACGGAAACCAAUAGGAGCAGGCAGUGGCAUUCGAGUAGCCAGGAUGGGCAGGAAAAAGAUUCAGAUCUCACGGAUAACGGACGAACGGAACCGACAGGUGACGUUCAACAAGCGGAAGUUCGGCGUGAUGAAGAAAGCGUACGAGCUGUCGGUGCUGUGUGACUGCGAAAUCGCCUUAAUAAUCUUCAGCAGUAGCAACAAACUGUAUCAGUAUGCGAGCACAGACAUGGACAAGGUGCUGCUAAAAUACACGGAAUAUAACGAACCGCACGAGUCCCUUACCAAUAAAAAUAUCAUCGAGUUGCAGGUAAACGCACAGAAGGAGAACAAGAACGGCACGAUGAGUCCGGACUCGCCGGAACCGGAAGAGAGCUACACCCUGACGCCGAGGACCGAGGCCAAGUACAACAAGAUCGACGAGGACUUUCAGAUAAUGAUGCAGCGGAAUCAGCAGCUUUCGUCCGGGGGCCGGGUCAAUAUGGCCGGCAAUAGCUACUCGCUGCCGGUUUCGGUGCCGGUCAUCGGAACCUACAAUGACAGCGGCAUGAUGCAGAACAGCCCCCAGAUGGCACACAAUAGUAUUAGCCCGCGACCUUCCAGCUCCGAGACGGAUUCCGUGUACCCUGCCGGUGGAAUGCUCGAAAUGUCCAACGGUUACCCCCACUCGACGUCACCCCUAGGAGGAUCGCCCAGUCCCGGACCUAGCCCAGGUAUAGGCAGUCACAACCACAAUCACCACCAUCAUCACCAUAACAAGAUGCAACACCCAUCGUUAAAACAGAGCUCACCGGGAAGUUCCAGCGCACGGUCAUCGAACCUGAGGGUAGUGAUACCGACGCCAAUGAAUCCGACCCUCAACACUGAUGACAUUUCCUACGUCGAGCACUCCCGGCAGCAGGGCAACCUCAACACCCCAGUCGUGGCACUGCAGACACCUAUCGGCCUGUCCAACUACACGACAACGCUCGGUUCCUUCGGGGCUCAGGACUUUUCGCUCAACUCGGAUCUGAGUAUGAUCGCGUCGUGGGGCGCCGCGGCGGCCAACAACGCCCAGGCGGCCCAGAGCGCGAUGAACUCCCUCGGACAGCACUCGAGAAUCCUUUUCAGCAGCGGUUUGCCCCAUUUGGCGGUCUCGAACAGCACACCUCCGCCCUCGACGUCGCCCCUCUCGGUCAAGAUCAAGGCGGAACCGAUUUCACCCCCCCGGGAACAUCACUCAUCAUCCUCGUCCCACCAUCAUCACCAUCAUCAUCACAGCAGUAGUUUAAGUGCGGGUGGUGGUGGCGGCGGCGGCGGAGGCGGAGGAGGUGGCGGUGGGGGAAAUGGUGGUGCCAACAAUGGCGCCGGUCAGAACGGAAACGGAAACCAGCUGGGAUCGCUCGGGUCGAUGGGAGGAGGAGGAGGAGGGCACAGCAGUAAUUCGUCGGUGACGCUCGGGAGCAGCUUGAACCACUCGCAUCUGAUACAUUCGAGGCCUUCGUCGACGGGACACCUGACGCCGACACCGGGUUCCCCUCUCUUUCUAGGCUCGGUCACACCCACCAAUGCACCUUCGCCGGUGGACAUCCGGCACAUAAGCGUGAGCGGCGGCGGCGGCGGUGGCCAUCUACCCGACUACGAUUCUCCGGUAUCCGCCUCGACCGCCCCCAAACGGCCCCGAAUAUCCGAGGGAUGGGCCACAUAGCCCUCGAAGGGGUCGGGCAGCUCUUCCGUGGGCGGGAUGGUGGGCGUCAGCGUGAAUGGUCAGUCUUUCGGCUUGGACGACAACUCGAACCAGAUACAGUCGGCGGCGGCGGCCUUCGGUGAGAACGAUUUCGUGCGGAAGUUGCAACAACAGCAGCAGCAACAACAACGGGGGACAUCCUCACAACAUCUCCAUCCAUUCUAUCACAGUGCCAGUGUGAAUAGUAAUAGCAACAGUAAUCACAGCAGUAUCGGAGGAUAUCCCAGCCAGUGCACUUCCCCCUACAAUGGUAACGGACAUCACCAGUCGCCGUCGCCGGUGGCCGUCUCCGGAAUGAUUGGCGGGGGCCAUUUGCUGAAUCAACAGCAGCAGCAACAGCAACAUUACUAAGCUGAGAAGACGGAAGAGAACUAUGUGUUUGACAGGAAGUGUGCUAUACAGUAAAUUUGAAGAAGGAAGGGAGAGCAGAAUUGUGAUUUAUCAGUCACCUGAAUCAUCUGAUGAGAUUUCUUACAACAAAACCCAACAAACAAACAGUAACGGAAGCGGUUUGAAUGUUUCGUCGAUCGUGUGUUUGUGGAUUGAUUGGAGGACCUUUGCGGUCCUCCGGAGGAUGACUAUAAGUAGAGUUAUAGAAAAAGCAACUGCUAGUUUCAGUUGCCAGUUUUUUUUCUGGAUGCGUGUGAUUGUGACAAUGACAUCAACUUAAAUUAUUUACGUUUUGUACAUAACUCGGAGGUAUGCGGUAAGAGGUUUAGUAAGGAAGCAAAGUUUCUUUUCAGUUAUAGACUAGGAUUUAGUUGACCUAAAGAUUAAUAUAAACAAGAAAAAAGAAAUAUGGUUUUCUCUUUAAAUAAGUGCAAUAAUAUCUAGUUUUCGGAACGAUAUGGUUGAAAAAAACCAACAAACUCAAACAAGAAAACAAAAUCAGAGUCAAUUCUUCGACACAGAUGAAAAAUGAUCGUUUAAAAUUGUGUUACAGAACAGAAAUUAUCCAAAACUUGUAGUCAAAGCAAAGUGCAAGUGAAAAAAAAAACAAUAACAAAGGUGCGUAUCAUUAGCUACUAAAUGCGUAGACGGAAGAGUGCAAAUGCAAAGCUAGAAACUCGGGAAGAACCCGAACUACAGCCAUAUAAAAGUGGGAGUUCGGUGUUUCCCGUUUAGGGAAACAAAAAUAAAAAAAAAACAAGUCAGCAGUCAUCUUAAAAAUAUUGAGUUUCUCGUCCAAAAGGAGAGAGCGCCAAAAAAAACGCAAAAUAGAUCUUUUUGUAUUUAUGUGAAUUGACCAGCAACUAAAAGCCAAUCGAUGUUUUUGGAUUCCGGAUCUCCUUUUUGCUAUCUAUGUUAAUUGUGUCUCCGCACCAGAAAAUUUGUCUGAUUGUGUCGGGAAAAAAGGCCGCGUUAAUCGUUGACGAUGUUCAGUGUUGAGAAUGGUGAUGUUGAAUCCCUAAACCAAGAAUUGAUGUUUGAUUGUUGUUGUUUUCCCCAAUAAUGGUGAUCGUUUGAAUGCCGUCUCAAAAGUAUGUUAUUUCGAAGAAAUCAAGCCAGUAUGGUUGAAGUUUAAAAUUUGGUGGAAUUCGGAUCUGUUACGGAUUUUUACUGCAAUCGUUGACAACUGAGAAGGGGAUGAAAAUUUGCUGGUACAAUCACCAAAUUUAUGAUGAAUUUCGAUCAACAGCCAAUUCCAUAUUCUUAAUUUUUAAUCUGAGUUUGGAUUUCAAAUUUUUAGUGUCCAAAUUCUGAGUAUGAAUAGUUAAUGUUGAGCUCUAAAUUUGAAAUUUUGAAUUCUUGAUCUGAAAGGUUAGUUUCGAAUUCUAAGUUCAGAAUUUUCAGACCUCGCAAGUUCUGAAUUUCUGUUCAAAAUUUUGAGUUCUGAAUUCUGAGUUGUGAGCUCUGAGCUGAGAGUUUUGAAUACUGGAUUCUGAAUUCUGAAUCUAAUUUUUUGUCAUGAAUUUUGGAAUUCAAGUUUGAAUUUAGCGUUAUGAAUUUUGAAUUUUAUACUCUUUGUUCUAAACGUUUCUGAACAAAAUUGCCAAAAUUAUGAUGAAUUUCGAUCGACAGUCAAUUCCAUAUCCUUAAUUUCUAAUAUGAGUUUUGAAUCCAAAU